AUGACUCUAAAUCAAUUUCAUUGUCAAAAUCGGAAAAAUAGAGGAACUUCCAAUUUGACAUUGACAUUUUUAAUUAUGACGAUUUUUUUAAAAACAUCGGCUGGAGUGAAACUGGUCAAACGGUUAUGGAGCACAACCAGUCCAAACACGAAGCCGGAAAAUAUAAAGCCGCCGCCACACAUGUUCAAAGUAUACAAAAAAGGAGAAUGGAGGACGUACUCUCCAUUCCAAGACCACCAGAACUGGCUCGAGUAUGUUUUGGCCAGGUCUGACGAUUUGAUCAAUUGGAGUAGGAGUAGGUCGAUAUGGCCAAUGACUUUCGGACUGGCUUGCUGCGCCGUUGAAAUGAUGCACAUAGCUGCGCCCAGAUACGACAUGGACAGAUUCGGGGUGGUAUUUAGAGCAUCGCCUAGGCAAUCCGAUGUGUUAAUCGUGGCUGGUACACUCACCAACAAAAUGGCACCCGCUUUUCGAAAAGUAUACGAUCAAAUGGCCGACCCCAAGUGGGUUAUUUCGAUGGGCAGUUGCGCCAACGGCGGCGGUUACUACCAUUACUCCUACUCGGUGGUGAGAGGAUGCGACCGCAUCGUGCCGGUGGACAUAUACGUGCCUGGGUGUCCUCCCACCGCGGAAGCUCUGAUGUAUGGUGUAUUGAUGUUGCAGCGCAAGAUGAAGAGGCACCGGUUUCUGCAAAUGUGGUAUAGAACUUAGAAAUUCAUUAAACAUUAUCUGCGCAUGCUUGAAAUAUGCCAGGCAUUAGUGUAGUAUUUGUGAAACAUUUUUUAAUUUCGUUAAAUAUAUUUUAUGUAAAUGUAGUUCAAAGAAGGUACUUAUAUUUUAAAUUUUUGAGAAGCUUCUUUCCAUUCAUGUUUUUUUUUAAGUACCGGGUCAACUAGA